AUGCACGCCCCAAGACUAUGUAGGACUCCCUCCAGAGCGUCACUACCGCGACGGAAUACUUCUUUCUCGAUCAUCAGGUCCGAGCUUCCAAGCCGAUGCUUCUCUCAAUCCUCCCGCUUCGCAUCCGGCCACAACCGCUGGUCAAAAAUCAAGCAUGACAAAGCCAAAGCCGAUGCCUCCAUCAACCGACAGCGCUCAGCGCUUUCUCAUGAGAUAGCCACAGCAUCCCGCCUCCACGGUCCCGACCCACGCUUCAACCCUUCCCUCUUCACCAUCCUCGCUUCCGCAAAGAAAACCGGAUUUCCCAAGCACCUCAUUCAGAAUGCUAUAGCACGCGGGCAAGGCGUCUCGCCCAGUGGAAAUGUAUUGGAGAGUGUUGUAAUUGAGGCAAUGAUACCAUUGAGAAAAGGAGACAAUUCAGUGGCGGCCAUCAUAGAAUGCCAAACAGACUCAAAGGCGAAGACGAUUAUGGACCUGAAGCUUUUGGUGAAGAAACAUGGAGGUGUGGCGAUGCCCACGAGUCAUAUGUUCGAGAAGAAAGGGCGGGUAGUGUUUGCGAAUCCAGGGGGUUUGAAGGAGGAGGACAUCUUUGAUGUCGCAGUGGAGGCCGGGGCGAGUGACAUUGAGGUAACAGAAGAGAACGAAGUGGGGAAGAUAGAGGUAAGAACGGAGCCGAAGGAGACCGUGGUUGUGGUGGAGGAGAUAGAGGAAAAGUUGAAUCUGAAGAGGGAGAGAGUGGAAAUUUUCUGGGAAGCGAAGGAGGACAUGAUAGUGAAUGCAGGUGAAGGGAAGGCGGAAUCCCUGGAUAGUUUCAUGGGUAGGUUACUCUUGUCAGCCGUUCUGGAAGAAUCAAGGCUGACAAUCUGGUGUGUAGAGCAAAUAUGGGAGGAACCAAGUGUGCAGGAUGUCUAUCUUAACAUCGCUUGA